AUGCGUCAUCAGAGGCUGUCAGGAGGUUCAACUGUUGUCCCCAUGUCCCAACGUGAGGAAGACCUGGCCUAUGGCCACUACUACGGCGACUCAGCGCGGGGCACAUCCGGCGAUACCGCGCGGGGAUUUGUCGGCGACACUUUCCAGAAAUUGAAGGAAACCUACAAGAGCCACCAGCAGCAGGGCAGUAGCAGCAACUCGCAGCAGAGCCAGGGCCAGUACCACCAAACCCAGUCUCAGACCCAAGGUUCCGCCCAGCAAUACCCGCCGUCGUACGGAAACACCAGCCCGCAACAGUACCAGCACCAGCAGUCAACCUAUCACCAGCAAACCCAGAAACCCCAAAAGCAGGACAAGCUCUCCGGAUUGUUCGGGAAAUUGGAGAACCUCGGGAAUGAGUUCGCACAGAAGAUUGGAACUGCCUUGGAUCCCCAGGCUUAUGAGCAGUAUGGAUCGACCAAGCCACAGACGCAGAACCGCUUUGGGAGUUUUGCACCCGAACGUCAGGGCAACGAGGUCAAGUGGCAUGUUGAUGGAUGUGCAUACUUCUAUGCUGUUUCCAAGGCCUUGGAGAGUGCGAAGGAGUAUAUCUGGAUUUUGGACUGGUGGCUGUCGCCAGAACUUUAUCUGAGACGUCCUCCAGCGAAGAAUGAGCAGUACCGACUGGAUCGAAUGCUGCUGGCUGCUGCGCAGCGAGGCGUUCGCGUCAACAUUAUUGUCUAUAAGGAGGUGACUCAGGCAUUGACACUUUCAUCCCAUCACACAAAGCAUCAUCUGGAGGAUCUCCAUCAGAACAUCUCGGUGUUCCGUCACCCUGACCAUCUCCCCGAUCGUCAGGAGCUGGAAGCUUCUAUCGCAUCUUCCCUUCAGAGCCUGUCAUUAGAUGCAGGCAAUUUGGCUAAGAUGUCCGCGGAUACCAUCAAGGGAAUCUAUGGUAUGCACGAAGAUGUCAUCCUUUACUGGGCCCAUCAUGAGAAGCUUUGCCUCAUCGAUGGUCGUGUGGCAUUCAUGGGUGGCUUGGAUAUGUGCUUCGGCCGUUGGGACACCAACCAGCACGCCCUCGCCGAUGUUCAUGGCCAGGACUUGAACGAAAUUGUCUUCCCUGGUCAGGAUUACAAUAACGCUAGAGUGCUUGACUUCCAGGAUGUAGCCAACUGGGAGAAGAACCAGUUAGAUCGGAAGAAGACCUCCCGCAUGGGCUGGUCAGACAUCUCAGUCAGCUUGCAUGGACAGGUCGUCGAGGAUCUGAGACGACACUUUGUCGAGCGCUGGAACUUCAUUUAUGACCUCAAGUAUUACUCGCGCAAUAAUCCCAGAUACGCAAAGCUGAACUUGUACGGUCGCCCUACUUCUUCUAUGGGCCCCCAACAAGGUCAGCAGCAGGGCCAACAGCAGGGCCAACAGCAGGGCCAACAGCAGGGCCAACAGCAGGGCCAACAGCAGGGCCAACAGCAGGGUCAGCAGCAGCUGCCAACUCAGCAGCCUGCAGCGCCGAACCAGGGACCUUCCACUCCUAGCUGGCAGCAGACAUUCACGGCCCAGCCCGGGGCUCUGCCGACCAGCCCAAGCCCUUCCACUCCUAGCUGGGAACAACAUGCCGCAUCUCCUCAGCCCGCUGCACAAUCCAGCAAUGUUCAGUCAUCUGGCGCCGGCAGCCAGGCAACCCCUACCUGGCAGCAACAAGCUCAUCAACAGCAAGGCCCUCAGCAGACUGCUUCCUAUGGCGGUAGCGCUCAGCCUGCCACUCCAAGCACCUCUAGUUGGCAGCAGCAGCACCAGCAGCAGCCCACAUCUCCUCAACCUGGUGCUUAUUCUGGCAAUAUCCAGCAUACUCAAAGCUGGCAGCAACAGCCCGAGUCUCAUCAAAGUGGCUAUCAGGCUACCUCGCCCCACCCCAGCUCUCAGGCAGACUCCAGCUGGCAGCAACAGGCUCCACCCGCAUACACACCAAACCAGGCGUAUACACCAAGUCACGAUGAGAAGCACCAAUAUACUUACACUGGUGACUCGUUCCCUCCGCCCCCCCCUGGGCCUCCUUCAAGCCAGGCCGCUACAUCAGCCCAGCAGCAGAGCUAUGGCCAGCCUCAGGAUCAAACAUACUCUCACCAGCAGAGCUACACACAACCUCAAAGUCAAGCAUACUCUCAACAGCAGACACCCACCCAGCCCCAGAGUCAAGCUUAUCCUCACCAACAGACCCAAUCUCAAUCUCAAUACCAGUCAUACUCUCCAAGCCAAGGUCAAAAUCAGGCUUACCCUCCUCCCCCCACUCAAGAGGGCCAGCACUCGCAAACCCGCGGUCUCCACGACUACCACAGCGGAGGUCAUGCAUACGGCGACUCCGAGAGAGGUUUCAACUUCCGUGGUAUCAAGGAGAACCUCACAGGCUACGGCAAUGUUCUUCGUGGUGAAUUGGCUGGCCAAAUUCAUCAUUACCAGGAUCGUAUAAACUAUCGUCCAGGUGCUCAGCCACGCGGGAACAUGACUUGUCAGAUCGUGCGCAGUGCUUCCAAGUGGAGCAACGGAACGCCUACUGAGCAUUCCAUCGCCGACGCGUACGCAGCUAUCAUCCGUAACAGUCAGCAUUUCGUUUACAUCGAAAACCAGUUCUUCAUUACUGCAACUGGUGAUGCUCAGAAGCCUGUUCAGAAUAAGAUCGGAGCUGCGAUUGUUGAGCGUAUUCUUCGUGCUGCAAGAGCGGGCGAGAAGUACAAGAUUGUUGUUGUUCUCCCAUCCGUUCCCUGCUUUGCGGGAGACCUGAGCGAUGAAUCUACUCUGGGCACUCGGGCCAUCAUGGAGUUCCAGUAUAACUGCAUCAACCGUGGAGGCAGUAGUAUCAUGGAAUUGAUUGCCAAAGAAGGAUAUAACCCAAUGGAUUACAUCCGGUUCUACAACCUGCGCAACUACGACCGAAUCAAUGUCAGCGGCCCAUUGCUUCAGGCGGAGAACAGAAGUGGUGUGAACUACGAGGAAGCCCGCAAGGAGCACGACCUGACCACAGCUGGCCCGGGCGGCUAUGGACCGGGUGCUCCUCGCGCGGCCUUUGACACCACCGCCCCUUACCAACAGUACCAGCAGGCUGCUCAACAGGUCUCUAGCACCAAGUCUGCCCCUGGUCGGUGGGAUAGUGUCAGCGAAUGUUACAUGUUGAAUGGUACAGAUAUCCGCAACGUGCCGUGGGAAGGACCUGCAGAGGCUGAAAUCGACGCAUUUGUCACCGAAGAACUUUACAUCCAUUCCAAGGUUAUGAUUGCCGACGAUCGGGUUGCUAUCGUUGGAUCUGCCAACUUGAACGAUCGCUCCCAGCUGGGUGAUCACGACUCUGAGAUUGCCAUCGUGAUUGAAGACUACACCCCUAUCCAGUCCCGCAUGAACGGUCAGCCAUGGAGCGCGAGUCGAUUUGCCGCUUCUCUCCGGAGAUACCUGUUCCGUAAGCACCUUGGCCUCUUGCCACCGCAGGAUCCAGAACGUCCCGAUGCCAACUUCGAGCCCGUGGGUGUAUCAAAUACAUUCGAUGCCGACUCUCCAGAAAGCCAGAUUGUGGCCGACCCAUUGGCGGACACAAUGCAUAGCAUGUGGAACACUCGGGCCAGAACGAACACUGAGGUGUUCCGGAAGGUCUUUCACUCGGUUCCUGAUGACCAAGUCCGGAACUGGGCCACCUACAAGGAAUUCUAUGGAUACUACUUCCACAACGCAGACAAGCAGGCAUAUGGCAAGGACGACUCCCAGCCUGCUCGGUACGAAUACGGACAUGUGGUACGGGAUGACUUCCCUCCGGGCCCUGAGGGUGUCAAGCAGGUGAAAGAACUGCUCAGUCAGGUUAAGGGAACACUAGUUGAAAUGCCUUUGAUGUUUCUGAUCGAGGAGGAUGUUGCCAAGGAAGGUCUGACACUGAACGAAUUGACGGAGCCGAUUUACACCUGA